AAUAAGAUUUGAACAUCCUGUGACUUUCUCUGAAACCGGUUAUUUUUGCACGAAAUUUCUUCCUCAUCGACGACAACAAACCAACAGAUGAUAUCUACAAGAUGACUGCUGAAACAGAAGGUUCAAGUGAACCGGUUAUUUUAGCCACAGCAGGAUAUGAUCAUGCGAUUAAGUUCUGGCAAGCACACAGUGGAAUAUGUCACCGCACUGUACAGCAUCCAGACUCUGUAUCUUUUGCAUUUAUAAAAUCUAGUUCACUGCAUACACUUGCACGGUGUUUACCGAAGAACACAAAACCUUAAAAACUUGAGUGUACGAAAGACUCAAAGUAGAUAGGUAGAGACGCCCACAAUAUAUCUUGAAACUGUCUUCAUUGCAACACCAACGCAAGUCCAUGGGACACAACCUCAAGUUUUAAUUAGAUAACAGAAGGUGUAACCAAUCAACCCCCAAGAACUGAUCUUAAGUACUCCACUUUAGCUGCUACACAUUUCCUUGAAAACUAGCUACGAGAAUUUGGCUUGAAAUCAAGAUAGCAACUUCUACAUGUACCUGAUAAGUUUGAGUCUCCUCAUUACACCCGUUAAUUUAGUUACAAUAGACAUUCAAGCUACCUACAUACGACCCACAUGGGAACAAAUUUCAAGACUAUCUUAAAUACCUUUAAUUUUAUCCCUCCUCCCAUAGAGAAAUGUUACAUUUUUGUUUUGUUUUUGUGGUUGUACUGUGAGCACUAAUUUUUUAAGGGUAUUGUGAUGAAUUUUGGUUUAUUUUUAAUUUCAUACGUCAUUACUUCCUACAAAGUGGCAAUGCUAUUGGAUGAGUGUUUUAUGGUGAUGAAUUUUUGUCAUGGAGUGUAACUGUGUGCACCUCAUCAUUGUACAUGUAGAUGUUGUAAUCUUUAACUCUAUUGUAUUAGCAAGUCAAUGCAAUGCAGAUCACACCUGACAGACAGUUAUUAGCUGCUGCAGGUAACUUGCUCUUGACUUUUGAGAUGAAAAAGAAAUUUGUCUAGAAUUUCAACCCUUUUUACUCUUAAGAUUGAGCUGAAUGUGCAUCAGUAAAUUAUUAUAUACUCCUGGUUCAUUUCAAAAGAAAGAUUAUACUAACUGAGUAUUAGUAAUGGUAAAAAUGUAUUUAAUUCACACCAACAUCUCUUUUAUUUUUAUUUUCCUCAGGAUAUCAACACAUACGCAUGUAUGAUAUCAAUUCGAGCAAUCCUAGUGCUGUAAGUCAUAUAGCCCAAGUUUUCUUUUAUUUUAAACUUAGAAGCCAUUUAAACUGCAGGAAAAUUAGGCACAGACCAAGGUUUUUCAAUUUUGGAGGUCAUUAGACACCUUUAGUUCCAAGACCUUAAGAAAAACAUGGUUUCACACCCUUCCUUCUGCCCAUCAAUAACAUGGUGAGCAUCACUUACACCAGCAAAAAUUUGGGUUCUGUACUUUUUUCUCAAUGAUUCCAUACCUGAUUUUUUCUUCCUUGUUACUGGUAUUUUACUAAUGAAACGUUUAUAGUUGAUUUGUAGUCAACCUUCAGUCUUCAGUCAGCUGUUGUCUCUAGAAAUCUCAUCACUUAAUACAUAUUAAGGGACGUCAGCAGAUAAUAAUUGAAAUUGAGUCUGUGCUUGUGUCUUGCUCUAAACUUUGUAUUUAAGUUUGAAGGACUCAUCAGUUCUUCUGAAUUUUUCACCUUUUGUUAUAUUUUGAGGGUUAGACUCUACUUCAAGCUGCCUUUUCAAGGGACAUUUGUAUGAUUGUUUUCCUCUUCAAGUUAACUGGUUUACAAUUUUAUUCCAAUAUUAAGAUUUUUGAGAUCCCUAAUCCCAGGAAUUUUUAAGUGGCCUUCCUCAAGAUAGGAAAGAAGAUUUACUAGAGUUUCCCACUUUGUUUUUAUACUCAAUUCCGCUUAAGGUUGUGAAUUAUGAUGGUGUAUCUAAGAAUGUGACUGCUGUGGGAUUUCAUGAGGAUGGUAAAUGGAUGUUCACUGGUGGGGAGGACUGUUCAGCCAGAAUAUGGGACUUGAGGUAUGUCUGAACAUAGGUGCAAUUAUGCUUUAUAGACUGUGCAUAGGAUCAGGACAGCUGGAUGUUGGCCGAAUGAAUGUUCAUUUUUCACAACUGUUUUAAGAUCAUUAAGAAUUAGACAAAAACUACCUCAAGUGAAAGUAUAACAUUGCAUUUGUUUUUGUUGUUUUUUUUCCUUAUUUCAGGUCUCAUAAUUUACAGUGUCAAAGAGUGUUUCAAGUGAAUGCUCCAGUAAACUGUGUUUGCCUUCAUCCAAAUCAGGUUACUAAACUUAAAGGAAAGAAAUAAAAGAACAUAUUAUGAUAACUAGUCAUCAAGUUAGAUGACCGAUAAUGAUAAAACAGUUAGAAAUACUUUUUAUUGCAUUCUCAAUGUAAUAUAAUGAGGUUUGAGUGAUGAUUUGGUGGCUGAUUUAUGUGAGAAUCCUGUUAGAAAAUGAAAUAAAGCAAAAGAAAAAAUACAGAAACUUAUUUGUAAUAUUUUGUUUGAUACUAUUGAUCAUGAAUAACUGAAUGUGAAAUUUAUCAUUUUUAGGGUGAGCUUAUUGUCGGUGAUCAAAGUGGUGCAAUUCACAUGUGGGAUCUUAAAACAGAUCACAAUGAGCAGUUGGUGAGGAGUUUGUGCCAAUAAUUACAUGUUGUUUUAUUUUUUGUGUUUGUUUUUUAGUUCAGGGGCCUAAAGAUUUUUAGAAUGAACUUAAUGAUCACUAAAGAGCAAUUUUCUGAGGAGUUUAGAGGAUUACAUUGCGAAAAUUUUUUUGCAUGAGUUAUCUCACCAUUAUGUUUGUUUUUGUUGCAUAGAUUCCAGAACCAGAUACCUCCAUCUUGUCUAUCAGCAUUGAUAGAGAAGCUUCCUACAUGGCAGCUGUCAAUAAUCAGGUAAUGAAUAGCCGCUCAAUUAUUUUUAUUUUAUACAGUUAGGAGAAAUUUGCCUUGGUGUAGUUAUCAUGAACAGUGUGCUUUCCCUAAUAUUAAAUAAAGCAAGUUUCUGUCUUUCUUUCUAACAAAUCCAUUAGUUAGCCAGUUAGCUAGUUGAUCUCAAUAAUUCCUUUGAUCUUUUUUUGUUGGUCUUUCAGGGUAACUGCUAUGUUUGGAGCUUAACUGGAGGUACAAAAGAUGACCCAACUAUGCUGCACCCCAGGACAAAAAUUCCUAAGGCACAUAAAAGAGCAGCUUUAAAGUGCCUUUUUAGUCCAGACUCAUGGUAUGUCCUCCACAGGUUCCCCUAAGUAAUUGUGUCCUAAAAGCUUAGUCUAUGAGACUGACUGACCACUUCCCUUGCAAUUGACUCUAUUUAAAUCAUCCUAUGUCAAAUGUCUUAAUUCUUUCACUCCCAGAGGUGAUUAGGAUGUAACUUCUCCCCGUAAUAUCUAUCACUUUCCAAAAAACAGGUAAUGAGAAUACUCAAACCUAUCAGGUAGAAGUUGUUAUGUUGAUCCAACACCAAAUUCUUGUUACUUACUACAAGGAAAUUUUUAGCAGCCAGAGUAGAGAAUUAACAAUAACAUCUUAGAAGUUAAAGGUUAACUCUUUCACUCUUUCUUUGAUGGCAAGAUUUCUGAUUAAACUUUGUAUUGACCUCAUCAAACUCUAAUCCUCUGAUUUUCUAGCUUUCUAGCCACAACAUCUGCAGACACAACAGUCAAUAUUUGGCAGACUGCAGAUUUCUCCCUUAAGAAAACUCUGAAAGAAACCAAUCAAAGAUGGGUUUGGGAUUGUGCCUUCUCUGAGGAUUCACAGUACCUUAUCACAGGUAAAGAAAUCCUGUACAUUGUACUACUCUAGGUUUGUUCAUAACAUAAGUCAAAAUGCUUGUUUUGCUAAUGCAUAUUGGAAGGGCUUUACUGUGGGAAUUACAAAAAUUAUGAUCUCUCUAAUUUGAUUCACGUUGUUGAGCAUACUGUCUGGUAUUUGUUGACCUAAAGUGCAAAAAUCUGGUAAUGAACAAACCUGCUGUCUUGUACCAUUCACAUUGUUCCAGAGUGAUGCUCAGUCUCUUUAGCUAUGAUGUUUAGACAAUGCUAUCUUAUGGUAAUUAUCAAAGUUUACAGACUGUUUUAUAGUAACAAUAUUGUUGUCAUAAUCUAUUAACACUUUAACCCUCAGAAGUGAUUAACAUGUCACUUCUCUCUUGAGUAUCCAUUCAUUAUCCAGUAAACAGUUAAUGAGGAUACUUAGACCUAUCAUUUAGAAGUUGUUAUCUUGAUCUAACACAAAAUUCUCAUCACUAAUUUACAAGGAAAUGUCUAGCAGCUAGAGGGUAUUAUAAGCAAUCAUUUCUUGGGAGUUUAAGGUUUUAACCCUUUAACUCCCACACCAAGUUUGUAAUUCUACUUACUGUCAACCAUACAGUUCUUAAAAUGUUAGUUCAAAGAAUUUAGUAUUGUAUCAACUAAUUAUUCCCAAAUUGAUAUUUUUCUCAUUCUCAUCACUUAUCUAUUUGAUAUUGUAUUGAUAUGGUAAGGAGAAAUUCUGUCUCGGUCACUCAUGGGAAUUUAAGGUUUUAAUUGUGUUUGUUUUCUUGUAUCCUUGCCAGCAUCCUCUGAUAACAUGGCUCGGCUGUGGAAUCUUGAUCAGGGGGAGGUGGUUCGAGAGUACAGUGGACAUCAGAAGGCUGUGGUUGCUCUUGCAUUUAGAGAUGCCCAUGCUGUAUGA